AACAUCGCCAUCGUCAUGCUCAGCUCCCACUUCGUUUCCGAACCACCACCCAUUCUCCCAUUUCUGCCUCCCCCAAACGGCCUCCACACGACCACGGAGUGAAUUUCUGUUUCGCAAAGUCGCCCUUACCUCCUCUUGCGACAUUUGCGGCGGUGGCUGCAGCGCCGCUCGGCGGUCCACCUUACCUUUUGGAACGCGAUCCCAUUCUCCCCUCCCACCCCAGCCCACUUUCACGGUUCAAACACCGCGUCGCUCCCCGUCUCUGCAGUUAUCCUUCCACAAACCAGCGCAUCUCAUCGCUUCUUGCCCCAUCGGCACCACUGCUGAGAACACCCUUCAUUGCUUCCCUGUCCGAGUGCACUAGAGACCGGUACUUUUUCCAAAUCCCCCUCCCCCCCCUCCAGUUGCUUUAUCUCAUGAUCGUGGUCAUGCCCAUCCGACAGUCGCCCUGUUGAUGUGUAGGGCUUUACGCGUGAUGUGGAGUUGCUAAUUACUGCUUUUGUCAUCACAGCCCGGAGACAACCCGGUAACAUUGGAAGACGGAGAAACAGAACGGAACCAAUUUUGUUUCAACCGCGAUGCCCACUUCAGCGCUUCGGCGAACUCGUAAUCGUCAUGAUUCCACGCCCGAUCAACACGCUCAGAAUUCCUCUCCCUCAAAGCCUAGGGGCAAGAGACGCAAGGUAAGGUGGUCCAGCGAUCCGUUCAAAAAAAAAAACGAAAAAACAAUACAUCAAACUGCCCUCUUCCCCCGCGACCGCUGUGGGACUGCGUUGGCGGAAAGUGCUGAAUUUCUCUUUCGCUGUAGGUUCAAGCCACGGAAACCUCGCCCGACCCUCCUUUGGACCAGAUAAACGCUGUGAUCGCGAGCUUGGCGAUGCCGGACCCCAACGUGGUGGUAGCUGUAAAAUAUGCCAACGAUGAAAACUAUCGUCAAAGCGCCCAGGGAAUUACCGCCUACGCUAAAGUUGCUGGUGCUUCGUGGACCUAUUACGUCAAGGAGCUGACCAUCCGCAUCGGUCGCCCGCCCGACGCCCGCCCCGGCACCGCCGGAUCCCCCACCCCUCCACCACAACAGAAGACUGAAGACAUCGUACAUAUUGACCUGGGCCCCAGCAAAUUGGUCUCCAGGAGCCAUGCUAUCAUCACUUAUGACAUGACCGGGGACCGGAAUUGGCAACUGCGUGUCUUGGGAAGGAACGGUUUGAAGGUGAAUGAGGAGCCGUACAAGAAGGACGCGGUCAUUGUGCUCCAGAGUGGGAGUAUUAUCGAGAUUGGUGGGGUGCAGAUGAUGUUUGUCUUGCCUGAUAAACCCGCAUCCAUUCACUCCUGCUUCCUGCAGCGUGCGAGGGCCCCGGCUCCGAUCGAGGACGAUCUUCAACUGCAAACCACCCAGAGCAACGACUCUUCAAGUUAUGAUACCGCUACAAUGCCGUCUUCGCAGGGCCCCAGGCCGUCCUCAUCCCAGCAGCAGCAAUUGCUUCCACCGGCCAUCAUCACGGAGAGCCCAUCGCAGCCGGAACCUGUUAGGAGAAAGGACGAGCCAACCUUUCCUCGCGGCGUUGUUUUGACAGCCGAGAAUAUCGAUUACUCUGAUGAUUCCCUGAAAGACAUGAAGCCGCCCUAUAGUUACGCCAUGAUGAUAGCACAGGCUAUUUUGUCCAGUGAGGGGGAGCAGCUCACACUUUCCGCCAUUUAUUCCUUCAUCACAGAGAAAUAUGCCUUCUACCGGCAUUCCAACACAGGUUGGCAGGUUAGUCACCGUUAUUUUCUCCUUUUGGUUCGGUCAGCCUGACAUGUGCCUUCAGAACUCCAUCAGACAUAACCUCUCGCUCAACAAGGCUUUCCGUAAGAUUCCUCGACGUACCGAUGAACCAGGUAAAGGGAUGAAGUGGGAAUUGCUUGCCGAACAUCGUGACGAAUAUAUCAAGAAGAUCCAGAAGGUUACCAAGACUGGCUCCGGGCGUCCCGGAUCUGCGCCAGGGUCGCCAUCCUCACCCAAGCCUGCCAAGAGUAAUCAGGGCCAGGCUCAAUAUGGAGUGAACCAGCAGCUUCCGCAACCUUCUCCUCCUCCUCGAGGCUUGGGGCUAGAUGAUUCUCACGAUCUGGGCGCGGGAUAUCCCACGAUCAAGAACUCAAGAUCUGUCACACCACCUCCGGUUGCCUCCUAUAGCAGAGUUGCGCCACUAGAGGCCUACACACCUGAUCGUGGAUCUCGUCUUCCAGCCCUGCGUGCCCCGGACAAAGCCUUGAACGAUUUAUCAACCAACCCCCACCACCCCCGAAGGUCUAGUAUUAUCACGGGGGCACACGCCAAUGAUAUGAUUUCGUCUUCCCAGAACCACCACCCAUCAUCAGUCCACGGCGAUCCCGCCAACAUGCCUUCGCCGUCUCGGCAUUCUCCCUAUGCGGAUGAUCACCCGGCAUUGAGUGCGGUAACACCUGCUCCACAGCGCCAACAUCCCCGCCUUGCCCCUCCUUCCACCGGGCAGCUCCCGUCGUCCUACCUUCCAACCUCCUCUCCUGCCCCGUUCUGGAAAUAUGUCCAAUUCGGGUCUACACCUGCAAAGCCUGGAGACUAUAGUCCUUUGAAGGAUUUGCAUAGUUCUUCUCCACCGCCGGUUUCUGGACCUGAGGGAGGCAGCAGGAUUCGGGAAUUGGGUAGCCCGCUGAAAGAACGUGGCGGUGGUUUUCACUUGGCGGGGUCAAGAGGUGGGACAAGCCUCAUACCAGAUAUCAAGGAGGAUGACGAUGAGGAUGAACUUGGCGACAUGCAAGGUGUUGAUUUGGCCAGGUAAGUUCCUCCCCCCCCCCCCCCCCUCCGAACCCCUUCAAGUACUACGAAGUAUGCUGAUCGUAAUAGGGGGUUCGAAAAAAUAGGAAAAUUCCACUUGAAUGGAAGGAUUGCUGGGGCCGACUGGGGCGCGCCUUGAAAAAGAUUGCUGGGACACAACGACGAAACGAAUUAUUAAUGUCAUGGGUUUUCUUCCCUUUAUCUCACUAAAAAUCACUCUUAUUUAUGUCCAUCAUGCGUAACGACGGGACCAAAAAAAUUUCUGGCAAACAAAACUACUUCUCCCCUGACCAAAGAACUUUGCGGUGUACUUUUUGCCACCUCAAAUCCUAUUUUCUAGUCCAACUUAUUUCUCUUUCUGACCCUCCUUUCCCUCUUCUUUUCCUACAAAACCUUUGUCCUCCCUUUCCCAUUCCCAUUCCUCCCUCACUUCAUCUCAUGAUUUGUAUGAAUAACCACAACAUUCCUGAAUAAGGCUUACACUAUAGCUCUCGCGCUGCACGAGCGGAACAUUUGACAAAAAAAAAAAAAAAAUAGGGAUCCUUUCUUUCAUCGGCGUGCCAUUCGCGUUUCUCCGUCUUGCAAUUAUCCUGGGAGGUAUACCUUUCUCUUCUCUGUCUUCUAUCACCGGUAUCUGUAUAUGGCUUUUUGCUUUUUUUUUCCGUCUUUUGUGGAUUCGGCGCGGAUUGUAGGGCAGCGGUUUGAAAUCUAAAAUUGUCGACUUUUUCUUUCUUUCUAUAACUGAUGAUGAUGUUGGUUAAUCAUGUACUGUACUAUCCUUCCUUCCCCCACGAGUAUGUGUAAUGAUAUCACUUCAAGUUGGUUUGCAAUCACAGAGAAAAGGAGCAUCCAUACGAGUAGUGUACUAUAGCGUUGGACCCUAACGCGGUACAGCACAGUACAGCACAGUUACAUCGUGACAAGAGACCAAAAGGGAAAAAAGGGCCCAAUGGGAUAUGAUGAUAAUUAUUUAUGCAAGGGUUAUGUCAAGAUCAGCGACACAUGCAUACAAGCAAGCGCUUUUCCCCCGUUUUUGUGUCUAUGACGGAUUGAAAGUUAUCUCGCCGAUAUUCUCCGGUUGGUUGGCUAUCACUGGCUUUUUGCGGAGUGGUAGGGGUAUCAUAUAUACAAGUUAGAUAU